AUGCCGACAUCCGAUAAAUCGCGACAAACAUCCGCAGGCAAAUCAUUCUUUGGAAGAAAACUACAUAAAGAGAGGCCGGUAGAGGAUCGGUGGGAUGCCCAUGGGAGCUGGGAGAGUCUCGCCCCGCCAUCAAGUGCUGCCGGUUCUCGAUCAUCACGAUACUCGAAGCGAUCUUCAAUUCAGUCAGUCGAUUUCGGCGCUGAUAUAGACCCGUCCCUUCUUUCCACAUCAGCUGGCCCAAUUACUUCGAUUCCAUUUGAGAGCUUGUCGACAGAUACCCAAUCGCCAAUCCCUGUUGACUACCUUUCCAAGGCUGAGACAUCCCCUCGAAAAGAGCCAUCACCAGGGCACUUGGCGAAGGGUGUAGGUGACUUUCAUCAAUAUCCAGCGUGGGAUCCAUCUGCUAUGCGGAAUCACCAACAAUUCUCGCACCCAACGGGGCCCCGACCACCACCACAUGCUGCUGGAGUAGCAAUGAGCUCAAGUGCCACAGGGGAUAAGGGAGCAAGAUACCAGCAAUGGGGAAGACCUGGAAGCUCUGCGGGUAAUGCAGGGCUCAGUCAUCACUCGUCGUCGACGGUGGAUUCUUCGACAAACUCUCGCAUGUCUAUUGACCAAGCUAGUAUUCAUUCCUCACUUUCAUCAAAUACUCGAGGCUCCAGUUACAUCUCAACAGACGGUUCUUCUCGUACAACCUUGCCUUCACACUCCAACGAUCGAAGUAAUUACUACGCCGCCAUGAACUCUGGCCGUGGAUCGAGCGCACAAGGCGCAAUACCUCCAGCCCAGCCUAGAGUGCAAAAUACAGAGCAGUACCUAACUAGGCCGAGGGAUGAUCGUGUCGUGGACCAGUUAUUUCUAGAGUUAAUGCAGAAAAGAGGUUGGCAAAAUCUUCCGGAGCAAGCCAGGCGGCAAAUGAUGGCAUACCCAGCGUCCAAGAAGUGGACAUUGGUCCAUCAAGAUCGAUUGACUGAAUUGCAAGGGGAGCAGAAACGGAAACAAAAAGCUCGAGAGACGCAUGGAUAUGAUGGUCCGUCCGGAAUUCUCGAAAGAGCGGAUGAGGAAGGCAGUCCGGAGUGGUAUGUCAAGAAGGUUAUGGACGACACAAUCACCUCCAAACAGCUAGCUAGUUUGAGUGUCAGUCUACGAACGCAACCGAUCAGCUGGGUGAAAGCCUUCGUCGAGGCGCAAGGUCAAAUCGCCUUGACCAACGUACUCGUAAAAAUCAACCGCAAGAAGGUUACGGGCCCGGUCCCUGCACCUCCAUCUGGUGACAAGGAUUUGGACCGUGAAUACGAUAUAGUCAAAUGUUUGAAAGCGUUGAUGAAUAACAAAUAUGGUGCCGACGACGCUCUCGCUCAUCAACAGAUUAUUGUGGCCCUCAUCAGCUCAUUGCUCUCUCCCCGGUUAAAUACCAGAAAGCUCGUCAGUGAAGUCCUUACAUUUCUUUGCCAUUGGGCCGAAGGGCAAGGCCACGAGAGGGUUCUGCAGGCUAUGGAUCAUGUCAAAAAUCAUCAGGGCGAAACUGGACGCUUCGAUGCUUGGAUGCGCAUUGUUGAGGUAACGAUUGAUGGUCGUGGCAAGAUGGGCAGCUUGGUCGGAGCGAGCGAGGAGUACCGCAGUGGUGGAAUUGGCAUGGAGAACCUUCUUAUGGAGUAUGCGGUUUCUACCAUGAUCCUCAUUAACAUGUUGGUGGAUGCACCCGAGAAUGACCUGCAGUUACGAUGUCAUAUCCGAGCGCAGUUCAUAUCUUGUGGCAUCAAACGACUUUUGUCGAAGAUGGAAGGCUUUCAGUAUGAAGUUAUUGAUAAACAGAUUGAGCAUUUUCGAGAGAAUGAGGCCAUUGAUUACGAAGAUUUACUGCAACGCGAGAGUAGCAGUACGAAGGAUAGUAUUGAGGGGGAGGUUAAGGACAUGACCGACCCUCUUCAGAUCACUGACGCCAUCGCGAGUCGCCUCAAUGGAACGAGAGCCCACGAUUACUUCCUUUCAGCUCUGCAGCAUCUGCUUCUCAUCCGGGAGAAUUCUGGGGAGGAUGGUCUCAGAAUGUACCAGCUCGUGGACGCUAUGCUAAGCUAUGUGGCUAUGGAUAGGAGGCUACCGGAUCUUGACCUGCGGCAGGGAUUGACAUUCACUCAGAGCUUGUUAGAUCGACUACAUACGGAUGCAGAAGCGAGACGAGCGUACGACGAAUCUCUGGAAGCGCGCCAAAUCGCAGAAGCCGCACUUGCUGAACGAGAUGAGAUGAAGGCGCAGGUUGAGUUAGGCGCGGAUGGCCUGGUGAGAAAGUUACAGAAGCAGAUUGAGGAGCAGACCGGUAUAAUUGAGCUACAGAGCAGGCAGAAUGAGAUGCUCAAGGCCGAGCUUGCCGAUGUUCAGAGGCUUCGUGCUCAAGAGUUGCAGCGGAAUGAGCUGGAGACGCGAGAACUCUACCUUAUGCUUCGCGACGCUCAAGAUAUUGCGGCAUCAAAUGCGAAAAAGUCGAACAUGGGAGAGGCCGAGACGGAUCCCGCUCAUAUGCGAGGGAUCCUAGAUAGAGAGAAGCUGUUGACACGGCUAGAGAAGCAGCUUGAAAGGACAAAGACGCAAUUCAAGUUGGAAGGUAAAGUUUGGGGCCAGCAUGACCCAUCGGACCGACUGCGUGAGCUCCGUGAGCAAAUGGACGGCGAUGCUGGGCCCAGAGAAGCCUUCGAAGAGCAAGCCCGCCUGAACCUCAGCCUGAACCCAGUAGGAUCGGUUUACCGCAAGAAAACCUACAUCCAGGGCAUGGAGGAUACUGCCACCGAGGAGCUAGGCCAAACUGAUGAUGAAGUCGUCUACGCUAAGGCCCGACUUGUGGAUCUUCAUCGGCCGCGUAUGGACCCGGAACAAGCAACUGGCCUUCUUGGUGAGAUUGCUGCCAAGGUUCCAAAGAUCGAUGCGGAUGAUGCGAAGGAUGAGGGCAAACCAACUGAAUCUGAACAGCCAGCAGAAGGUGCAGCCACCAAAGGCGAUGAACAAGGAGUGGACGAUACCGUCGCUGUGGACAAAGCCACUGCGGCUCCUCCGCCGCCGCCUCCCCCUCCUCCCGCACAUCCAGGAUUAUCUGGAGCAGCUCCGCCUCCCCCACCGCCGCCGCCUCCACCACCCCCAGGCGCAGGAGCAGCACCACCACCUCCUCCGCCGCCACCACCACCCCCUCCGGGUGGACUUGGCGGCCCCCCUCCCCCCCCUCCCCCUCCUCCCCCGGGUGGUUUUGGUGGACCCCCGCCGCCUCCCCCUCCACCUGGUGGUUUUGGCGGUCCACCUCCGCCGCCGCCGCCUCCUCCUGGCGGUGCAUUUGGCGUGCCGCCUCCACCUCCUCCACCAGGCACGGUUAUCGGUGGAUGGAGAGCAAAUUACUUGGCUUCCCAAGGUGCCCCGUCUCACGCUAUACCUGUGAUGUCCUCUAUCAGACCUAAGAAAAAACUCAAGGCCCUUCAUUGGGACAAGGUCGACACCCCGCAAGUUACAGUAUGGGCAACUCACGGCACAACUCCCCAGGAGAAGGAGGAGAAGUACGUUGAGCUGGCCAAGAGGGGAGUCUUGGAUGAAGUGGAGCGGCUAUUCAUGGCCAAGGAGACCAGAAUCUUCGGAGGUGGUGUGGCAGCAAAGCAACGAAAGGACAAGAAACAAAUCAUCUCCAACGACUUAUCCAAAAACUUUCAGAUUGCCUUGUCCAAAUUUUCUCAGUUUCCGGCUGAAGAGGUUGUCCGAAGGAUCAUACAUUGCGACGCCGAGAUUCUGGACAACAUGGUUGUCAUGGAAUUCUUGCAGCGAGAUGAAAUGUGCACAGUACCGGAAAACGUAUCAAAACUCAUGGCGCCAUACAGCAAAGAUUGGACUGGCCCUGAUGCUGCCAAUACCGAACGAGAACAAGACCCUAGUGAGCUUACUCGUGAAGAUCAGAUUUACCUCUAUACUGCCUUUGAGUUGAAUCACUACUGGAAGGCAAGAAUGCGUGCGCUUGCGCUGACUCGGUCUUUUGAGCCAGACUAUGAGCAUAUUUCUGCUAAGCUCAGGGAGGUUGUGCGGGUGAGCGAAUCUCUGAGAGAUUCUGUUUCCCUGAUGAACGUGCUUGGUUUAAUCCUAGACAUCGGUAACUUUAUGAACGACGCCAAUAAGCAAGCGCAGGGUUUCAAGCUAAGCUCUUUGGCUCGUCUUGGAAUGGUCAAGGACGACAAGAAUGAGACAACGUUUGCAGAUCUUGUUGAACGUAUCGUUCGGAACCAGUAUCCUGAAUGGGAAGACUUUACCGAACAGAUCAGCGGAGUUAUUGGCCUCCAGAAACUCAAUGUCGACCAGCUGCGGACUGAUGCAAAGAAGUAUAUCGAUAACAUCAAGAAUGUGCAGGCGAGCUUGGAUGCGGGCAAUCUCAGCGACCCGAAAAAGUUCCAUCCACAAGACCGUGUCAGCCAGAUUACUCAACGCAGUAUGAAAGAUGCUAGGCGAAAAGCGGAGCAGAUGCAGCUUUACCUUGAAGAGAUGGUCAAGACCUAUGACGAUAUUAUGGUUUUCUACGGCGAAGACAAUACCGAUGAUGGUGCUCGGCGGGAUUUCUUUGCGAAGUUGGCUGCGUUCUUACAGGAGUGGAAGAAAUCAAAAGAGAAGAACAUCGCCUUGGAGGAAGCUAGAAGGCGCACUGAAGCAUCUUUGGCUCGCAAGCGCAUCAAUGUCGGCCUUGCGAAUGGCGCAGGCGCGGCAGGAGAUGCCCCAGUUUCCCCAGCCACAAGCGGAGCCAUGGAUUCGCUGCUGGAGAAAUUACGUGCUGCUGCCCCUCAAGCCAAGGAUCAGCGUGACCGUCGCCGCCGUGCGAGAUUAAAGGAGCGGCACCAAGUUCGAGUUGCCUCAGGGCAGAAGAUCCCAGAUCUCGAAGGCGCCGAGGCCCCGGGCAGUGGCGGACAGAACAGCGGUGCCACUGACACAAAUGCUACCGACUCUAGCCUAUUGAGUCCCACUAUCCAGGAACCUGAAGGUGGCAGCUCACCAAUUGCCUCGCAAAGUGAAGAUGUUGCCGACCGAGCAGCUAGCAUGCUACAAGAUAUGUUAAGAAACAGUCCUGACCCAGAACGCACGCGGAGGCGUAGAGAAAGUGCAGAAGAGGAACGAAGGAAGCGCCGGUUAAGGAGACGCAAUGGAGCCACAAGUGGAAGCAAGGACAGCAAUGAUACCACACCUUUGUCCCCUGUGACAGAACCAACUUCGACCCAGGGCGAGUCAGCAGAACCGGAAAAUUUGUCACUUUCUAGCCCUCCAAAUGGAGAAGACCCGACCCUAAACCCUCCGACUAUUGUCUUAUCAUCUGAUGCUUCUGACACACCUGAUGAUGAACAUCGCCCCUCGACCAGCUAG